CGUACAGUGUGUUACUGGUGUUUUUAUUUUCAUGUACGUUGCAGAUUUAUUUUUCCUGGCCAGAGUAAAAAUAGCUAGCUACCAAUCACAAUCACAUCUAGCUUGGUAAUUUAGUUGAUAAGCUAGUUAUCUUAAGACGUUAAUUACGGUUACUUUGAGACAAGUGGCUAAUAUAAGUUGAAUGUUCAGGAGCUAGCGCUAGCCGGUGAACUGAACGCCUAUAUGCACAUGCAUUGAGUUUCAUUUCGCGUUUUUAUUUAGCUGAGAUACUCAACUAGCUAUUUAUGUAGGACGUUCGCUUAUGAGCCGGUGCGUUGUCUAGCCAUGUUUUAUCCCGUGAAGUCCGCUUACUCCCGGGUGUGUCCAGGAGCUGUAAAUCGCGAGCUGGGAAAGACAAAGAUGAGAUAGCAUGAGGCUAAAUAUCUUCAAUCUUCGGCUAACUGGCGAACAAUUCUCUAAAACUAAUUCAUAAGCGUUUUGCCUACGGCCGGGACACAGAGUCGGUGUGUAAAAUAAAGCGAAAACAAUCAUGUUUGGAAAUCUGUUUGAAGAAGACGAGGAAUCCUUUUCUGCUGUCCCCACCGGGGGAAAGGCUGCGAAGGGGGCAGACGCCGAACCUCCUCCACCACGGACAACCGUGAAGCUCAGCGGUCUUAAAAACCAAGGUGGCACCUGUUACCUGAACUCCCUCCUGCAAACCUUACUCUUCACGCCGGAGUUCAGAGAGGAGUUAUUCAGCCUGGGACCGGGGGAGCUGGGAAGUCUCGCUGAUCGGGACAACGCGGAGGCUAAGGUGCGUGUGAUCCCGCUGCAGCUGCAGAGGCUGUUUGCUCAGCUCCUCCUGGUGGACCAGCAGGCCGCCUCCACCGCAGACCUGACUGACAGCUUCGGCUGGUCCGGCACCCAGGGGAGCAGUCAGCAGGACGUGCAGGAGCUGAACCGGAUCCUCUUCAGCGCACUGGAAAGCUCACUGGUGGGGACGUCUGGCAGCAGCCUGAUCCACCGCCUCUACCACGGAACCGUGCUCAACCAGAUCGUGUGCAAGGAGUGUGGACACACCAGCGAGAGACAGGAGGACUUCCUGGACCUGACGGUGUCUGUGCGCGGACUGUGUGGCCUGGAGGAGGCGCUGUGGCAGAUGUUUGUGGAGGAGGAGGUGUUCGAGGGGAACAAUCUGUACCGCUGCGGGGGCUGCGAGCGCCUCGUCACCGCUGCCAAGUCUGCCAGGCUGAGGAAGCUGCCCCCGUUCCUCACCAUGUCUCUGCUGCGCUUCAACUUCGACUUCAGCAAGUGUGAGCGCUACAAAGAGACGGGCCGCUACAGCUUCCCGCUAACCGCCAACCUCAGGCCCUUCUGUGAGCAGACGGGGAGACCGGACUCUGAGUUUACCUACGAGCUCUUCUCCGUCAUCAUACACAAAGGGGGCUGCUAUGGGGGCCAUUACCACGUCUACAUCAAGGACAUCGACCAGCUGGGCCACUGGGAGGCGCCGGAUGAAGAGUCGAAGCCCAAAGUGCAGAAGAAGGAGGUGAAGGUGUGUGAGCCUGUGAUGGAGAAGGACGACCCACUGUCCGUGCUGGCGGCCAUUUUGUCCCAGGAAGGUGGAAAGAGCGUGCUUGUUGACCAGCUGGGGCAGAAGCUGCUGGAGAAGAUUGGGAUCUCCUGGAACAGGAAGUUCCGCAAACAGCACGGACCAAUCGGAAAGUUUCUCCAGAGCCACUCUGAAGUGUUCAUGCUGCUGGCCAACGGUUCCCGGGUCGCCCUGAAGGCCUCCACUCCGGUGUCAGGCCCAGAACCAGAUCCCGACCCAACCUCCCCCAGCCCCGCCCCUGACCCAGAGCUCCAGCGCGCCCCAGAACCAGCGCCCACGGACGGCCCCCACUGGUUCGACUUGAACGACUCCACGGUCACGCCCAUCUGCGAGAGGGACAUCGAGAAGCAGUUCCAGGGCAAGGAGAGCGCCUACAUGCUGUUCUACCGCAAGGCUGGGCUGCACCGGCCAGAGGAGGCGAGAGGGAACCCAGGUUACAGGCUCCCCCCUCAUCUACUCCAGCUCGCCCAGGAGGAGAACUGCACCCUGCAGCAGAGACGCGCGGAGUUUGACGCGUCCAGGAACACCAUAGAGGUGCGUCUGCACCUGGCUCCGCAGUACCAUGUGACCAACGGGGCCCUGCAGCCCAAGGGGCGGGGCCAGGACAGCAUCAUCACCCUCGCCUUUGACCGCCGCAAGAGCGUCGGGGACUUCCGCCUGGCCGUGUAUCAGAUGCAGGACCUGUGGGAGGGAGACAUGGCUCUGACCGUGGCCAAGAGCCUGCCAGCUGGACUGCACCUGUACAACACGCUAACAGACGACCAGCAGUCUCUGUACAGCAUGGGCGUGCGUGAUGGCUCGGAUCUGUUUGUGUGGAACGGCAGAGAGGUGGGCGGAGCCAGCGUGCAGACGGGGGCGGAGUUUGAGCCGGUGCUGCUCACUCUGGUGCAGCCGUCUCUGGAGGAGGAGGAGGAGGAGGAGGAGGAGGAGGGCGUCGCCGUGGAGACGGGCGCGGGCGGGGACACGGGCGGGGGCACGGGUCUGAGGCGGACGGAGCGGGGCUUCGCGGGGGGGGCCACACUGGGAGCCGUGAGGGACGCCCUGGGGCCCCAGGACACACUGCUGUGUCAGGAGAGCAGGGGCGGGCCUGAGGGAGGCGGGGCCAGUGGGGGAGGAGGCGGGGCCAGCGGCUGGAGGGUGUUUCCCGCUGCAGACAUGCACCGGACCCUGAAGGAGCUGGCGCUGCGAGACGGAGACGCCCUGCUGGUCCUCCAGCCCCAGGCCUUCCACACCAGCCUCAUCAGCGUCAGCGGGGACCUCGUCACCGUGACGACCCCGUCAGACUGCCGCUGGCUGCAGGUGGAGUUCUGUCCCCGAGGAAGAGGAGUGGCGGGCGGGGAAGAGGAGAAUGAAGGCGAGAGGAGGAGGGGAAAGGUGCCUGCUGCUGGAAACAUGCUGCUGUCGGAGGUGAAGCAGAGGGCUAUUGAAGAGCUGCAGCUUCAGGACCAGCUUCAGGGUGUGAGGUGUUGUCUGAGGCAGGUGGACAGCGUUGGCAGACUCCUGCCUCCAGUGCGUGAGUACCUGAGCGUGCGUGAGGCCGGGGUGAAGCUCAUGACCCUCCUCAUCCUCUGUGCUGGAGACGCACCGGGCCCCACAGAGCUCUUCCUGUACUACACAGUGGGGAGUGACAGCCAUGCUGCACCGGAGCAGGAACUCAUAGUGCAGGAGACUCUCACUGUGAAAGAGUGUCUGAAGCUGAUGGUGAAGUUGGCUGGUCUGGAAGGGGAGGCCUGGCACCUGAGGAAGACUGACUGGUGUGAGGAGGUGGGGGACGCGCUCACAGAGGAGAACUCCUCUCUGGCCGAGCUGAAGAUCCGCAGUGGGGACACCCUGGUGCUGACGGAGGGCCGUCUGCCCCCCAAGGGGUUUCUGAAGUUGCCGGUGUGGUUCCACGGGGAGCUGACUGACGGCCUCCUGCAGGACGCUCAGGGGAACCAUGUGACCAACGGGGUGGAGGGCGUCUCCGCUGCAGAUGAGUCGAGGGCUGAAUUUCAGUUUGUGGGACAGGUGGAAAUUUCAGGGGAAGCAUCUCUUGAUGACCUCAAGACUCAGGUGAUGACUCUGCCCGCUCUGCACAGUGUGUGUGUCCCGGCUCCUGCCUUCCUCAGGGUGUGGGUGCUGGAGAGCAGGAGACUCUGCAAGAUCCUCAGAGGAAACCAGCUGCCCCUCAGGAAGCUGAAGUUGGGCAGUGGGACAGAACUGUGUGUUCAGCAGCUGCUGGACGAGGAGAAUCUGGGGUCGGGGGAUCUGGUGCUGCGGGUGCAGAUGGGGGUCCCUAACCCUUUGGGGGCUGCGGGGGAGCAGCAGUUCUACCCAGCGGAGGAGCUGGUUUGGGACACGAGCCGCGACGCCUCCCCCCGGGCCCUCCACCUCGCCCUGGGGGCCCGCUACGGCCUGUCCCCCGACUGCCUGCACAUCGCCAAACACUUCCCCGAAAAACACGCCUGGACCCCCAUCUCCAACUGGAGCCAGCAGGUGUCGAAGCGGAAGAAGAAAAAGAGAGCAGAGAGCCUGCAGGGGGCGCCGUUUCACUUGAAAGACGGAGAUCUGAUUGGAGUCAAGAACCUGCUGCUGGACAGCAACCGGGACUUCAGCACGCUCACGGACCGGCUGGGACAGCAGAGCCUCCAACAGGACACUGCGAGCCGCAGGAGAGGCAGGGGGCAGAACGGCAGCGUGGAGCCCAGCCUGGGGACGGGGUCUGAGCAGAGGGGUGCUGGGAAAUGCAGGAAGCCAGAGGUGGCCUUGUCAAUCAACGUCGGGGUCUUCAGAUAGCACCCGCCCCCCAGCCGGACUACACACUCACACACACAUGCUCACACACUCUCAUACACACGCACACAUGCUCACACACAGGAGUCCUGGAAGAAGACUGUGGUCGCAGCAUCUGUGUGCCAAACGGUCUCCACAUCUUCUGUUUCUAUGCAAUCUGGAGCGGCCAUCCAGCCCGUCUCCCCAGAGCAGAUCAGUCUGCGAGCCCUCACAACUCAACUCACUCUAAUUGGAGAAGAGAUCGUCUGUCAUUGCGUUAAUUAGACACCACAGUAACAUUACCUCAUCUGUUAUAUCAGGAGAGCUCGGUUGUUUGGCAGUUAAUGCUCUCUGUGGCUCGGUCACUGACCAAUCGCCUCACACCAAGCUGGACCUAGUGGCCAAUGAAACGGCGGAGAACUUAAACAAAUCUGCAUACUGUGUUGUUAUUGGCUGUGUUGUUCGAGUGAAUGGGUCACCGGAAGCACUUGGAUAAAACCAGCUGGUUUAUUAUGUUAUUUUUUAUUGUUUAGGGGUGCUUUGGUCUGAGAAUGUGUUUUUUGUUUUUUUUUUGUCUUUUUUUCAAAGCCAUGUAUUUAAUGAGUGCAGAGAAAGCACAUUGCUGUGUGACAAAUUGAGCUGUUCUUGGAAAUUCAGAGAAAGCUGAGAUUUCACUUUGAGAACGGGUACCAAUGAGUAUAAUUUCACGGUCUCUUUAUUUGAAGAUUGGAUGAGAAAUUAAUCUUACUGGGCUGAUUAGCCAGUACUGGUGAUUUGUUUUCUCUCUCAAUUUCCACAACAUUUCUCAAAGUAAUGACAAAGAGAAACUCCUUUCAGUGGAAGAAGAUGAAGUUUAAGCCUUUUUCAAAUAUACUGUAUUUUUGUUCAGUUUUUUUUAUUUUUAUUAUUCUCUUCCUAUUUUGUGUGUGGAAUAUAAAGUCUAGUAUUAUUUUUAAGACCAAAUCCCUGAACUGAACAAAGGGAAGUGCAGAAGCAUGCCUUAUUACUGAAGGCCCAAAGCCAGCCCUGAGGAGUGAGGAGGAGGAGAGAGCCUUCCUCCCUCUGGGGCUCUGUGAGUGGAUGAGAACAGUGUUAUCAACCACUGUCAUUAAGUGCAUUACAAUCAAGUCAAACUCCACCUUUUUCUGUUCUCUGGCAUUUACUCUUAAACAUUUGUCCUUAACGUCUGUUAUAACCACUACCUCAUUAAAUGAGUGGUUGUAGACAGGAGACAUCAUUAAAUAUUUUCAAGGUUUUAUUCUGAAGCCUUUUGACCAGUAAUAUGUAUGAACUGUGUAAAUUCUGUAUACUGAUUCUUUGAAGUGAGUAGAAUAUAAGGCAUACUAAAACGUUUAUCUGUACCAUUUAAUUGCAAAUCAAACCGUCAAUAAUCAUUUUAGUUUGUGUGUGGGGAGAAUUGUUGGCUUCCAUAUAUUUCAUGAAACCUUUUUUCCACUUUAUGCACAAAUCUGGGAUGAAUCUUGGAAAAUAUACGUUUGACUUCCUGCAAAUGUAACGCGGGGGCAAAAUGACCUCAAAUCUAAAAAACUUAAAUUUGUACAAUACAUGAUUAAUAAAAACAUAAAGCUGUA